AUUGGAGCCUCUGCUGGUGGCCUGCCUGGCAUGAGAGAGGGCCAUGGAUCGAAUCGGAGCCAGCGACGACGACGUCGGAUUGCUUGCAAGGCUGAUUGGACCCUCAGACACGGUGGCAGGUCACUCACCACGUCAAGGCAUCUUACUCAUACGCGACGACAGAGCUGGAAUAAAGGAAAGCGUUCUCUUGUUGUCUACUGUCAUCAGGCAGCGGCCCGUCCAACCUGGACGGCUUCAAGCGAGCUCUCUGGACCAAGAGGCUCAAGAGAGUGAGAGAGAACCUCAUUGCCGGAUUUAGGCUGGGUGUCUUGCUUCUUAUGUUCUGUCAGGGACAACUCAUUUCUAAUCGCCUUCCUGUCUGGUACGAUACGGGGUCUUGUCAUCGCCCGGCCUUGGACAGACAGGCGUCACUUACAGAUACCCUCCCCUCUUGGGCUUCUUCACAAGCCCGGCUUGACCCAAAGGGCGCUCCAAUCAACAAGAUAGCCUUCCUGAGACCUUACCUACCGUCACUGUGAAUGGUCAGCACUCAUCUAAACAUUUGUUUGACAUCCACUUCUCUGCACCCGGAUCCAUCCCGCGCUGCAGUCCUCUUCCGGGAAUUCCCUCCGAUCCGACGCCCUUCCUGUAGUCCACGCCCCUGGCUGAGGCAGAGUGAUCGAGAAUGCCUACCAUACCCGAGGACUCCGUUAUGGAAGACUUUGUCAACUGGGACAAGGCUGAGCCCGCUCUAGGCUUGGCCGACACCGCCCCUCCUCCUGGUACCAACCUCGACUUCCAGCCCGUCCGGGAGAAUCAGGACUUCGAUCUGGCUCUGGCUAAUAUCGACGGUGAUGACUUUUCCUUUUGGGCCCUCGAGCACUUCGAGACGAGCAAUCUUGCUCCCAGUCAUGUCCAGUCAGCUCCACUUCCUGCUCAGUCAUCCAACAUUGCCGCACUCGACCUCUGCGAAUGCCCUGAUGAUCCUUGCGAUGCCUGCGAGGCAUCUGGCUUCUCCUGCAAGAGGCUAGAGGAGGGCAAGUAUAAGGGCUACUGCACAACUUGUGUUGCCCUCAAGAACAACUGCAGCUUCGGCCUCGACCCCUCAGUCGCUUCGACCACAGAGCCAUUUCCAGCGACCUCCUGGCCUGUGAGCGGCCAACAUGGAAGUCUCAUUCGCGAGGAGGACGGCAGCACAUUGCGGAAAUCUUCAUCUCCAGACCUCGAAAUAUUGAGUGCCGGCACCGGCUCCUUGCAAGACAAUGGACACAAGCCUCCAGUUACACCUAAGAUAGGCGCAAGGUUCAGCAGGGAAUCCGUCCGGAUCCUCAAGGCCUGGCUGUCCACCCACUCCACACGGCCAUACCCAACAGACGAAGAGAGGGAGACACUCCAACUUCAGACUGGUCUCAACAAGACCCAGAUUGCAAACUGGCUCGCGAACGCCCGACGAAGGAGCAAAGGAAAAUUCCAACCCACCAGAUCAACGUCUCCAAGCGUCCGUGGCUUCUCCGGUGCCAUCGAGAUACCUCGGAAAGCUUCUUCUUCGGCAGAGCAUAUGAACCCUCUGCAAAGAUGGCAGAAUUCACCCCCCGAAAAUGAACCUGCUUCCGUGACUGCUAUCGCUUCUGCCAUCCUAAGCAACUCUCAAUCCUCAGGGCUUGACAGCCCCAACAGCAUGAGCUUGAACUACAACUAUACCGACGACGACGCCGACAGGUCUUGUAAGGGGUCGUCUGCCAGCAGCUUUGGCACCUCACCCUCGACUGCCUCGCUGGUCUCUGGCUUCUCCCACCAUUCUCGUGGCUCCUUCGGCUCCUUCGGAUCCAUUCAACACCGUGGCCGCCGGAGACGUAGAAGAAGGACUGCACCAAAGCAGGGCGACGAGAAAUCGAGCCUCAACGCGCCACUGAAAACCUUUCAGUGUACAUUCUGUACAGAAUCCUUCCGAACGAAACAUGACUGGCAACGGCAUGAGAAAUCAUUGCACCUGUCUUUGGAACGGUGGGUAUGCUGCCCAAAAGGCCCGCGGGUUCCUAAUCCCAACACUGGGCAAAUCUGCUGUUCAUUCUGUGGCGUGCCCCAGCCGGAAGAUGCACAUACAGAAAGCCACAAUUAUACGGCAUGUCAAGAGCGCCAACUGGAUGAGAGAACCUUCUACCGGAAAGAUCACCUUCGCCAGCAUCUUAAAUUGGUUCACAGCUCCAAGUAUCUGAAUUGGUCAAUGGACGCAUGGAAAGUUGCCACGCCCGAUAUAAAGUCGAGGUGUGGAUUCUGCGGCCUAGCCCUUGGGAGCUGGGGUGUUCGGGUGGACCAUCUCGCUGAGCACUUCAAGACGGGUUCCGACAUGAAGGAUUGGAAGGGGGACUGGGGUUUUGAGAACUCCGUCUUGUCGAAUGUGGAGAACGCCAUGCCUCCAUGGUUCAUCCAUCAAGAGAGGCAAAGCCCUCUUCCGUUCCAGGCCAGCCAGCAGCCACCGGAGUCACCGCGCAGCGCGUACGAGCUGAUCAAGAUUGAGUUGGCGCACUACCUUCGGAACACUAGGGAUGCGAUGAGUGCUUCUCCUUCAGAUGAAGAGAUACAACAUGAGGCAUGUCGGAUUCUAUACGCCUCGGAACCCCUCUCGCAGGCUGCCGACGCCAGUUGGUUGCGAGACCUCCUGCUAUCUUCCAAUGAGAUUAAUCACAGGGCCCAGUUGAGUCGUCUGCGUGGUCCCGCAGAAAAUUGUUUGGGGAGACUUCAGAUCAAGGGGCAAGAAAACAUCUUUGGAAAUUGCCCAAUGGAAGCCCAACUCAAUGAUUUCGUCAAGGCUCGAACACUUCUAGGCCUGACUAUCACGGAUUACGAGCUACAAGUGGAGGCUUGCAACAUCGUAGGCCGCAUGGAGGAGAAGUCCGUCAAGCCCUCAGAAGAUGUUGCAAACUUCAUGAUCCGUCUGAUCUACAAAGACGCAUCGUGGAUGUCCGGCUUCCGACAGCGAGCCGGUCUUCCUAUCUCAGAGGAGACUAUGGGUCUCAAGGACCAGUCCGCCACCAACUCCACAAUCUACAACUACUCCCAACUGGAAGUUGAACUAGCAGAGUUCACGAGGAAUCAACGUGCCCUCGGGAGUUCUCCAACGGACGAUGAGCUUCGGAACCACGCUCGAUGCGUUGUGCACAAAUGCAGCAAGAGCCGAAACGAGACCGCAGCUGACAACAAGGCGUGGCUAGAUGCCUUCAAGCAACGGCAUCUUCAAAUAGGGGCCAGCCAACCAUCGCCGUCCGGCAGUAAUUCGCCGGGAACUACUCUCGAAUCACUUAUUCCUGGUGUAAACAACACACGGGUAGGUGCAGUUGGCUCUAGCUUUUCUCCUUUUACCGGGUCAGGCACGAACAGCCCGGCAAACACACACCGUCCCGAAUCCCAAGCAACAUACGGCAUGAGCCGAAACCAGCUCUUCAUUAGUGGAACAAACAAUUAUCGUCAGCUUGUACGCGAGCUUGCUCGGUAUGUGGCGUCCGCUGUGUCACCUAACAACCCGAACCGGCACAUACCGACCGAUGAAGAAAUCCGUCACCAGGCCCGGUGGAUUCUUUAUGACGACGAUGAUAUCCUCAACGUCACGCCGGCAGACAGCGCGGAGUGGCUCGUCCGUUUCAAGCGAACAACGGGCAUUCUGCCAAUUACUGAUGGCCCGGGCCUGCCAGACGACAUAGGAGUCGGCCGGGUCGGAUCUGGCAGUUGGACACGGCUGCAGAGCCCCUACUCGGGCUCGGCUUCGCCCAAACCUGCCAUGCUCUCCCAUUCACCUUAUUUGGGGCAAGAUGCCACAGGGGCCAGUGGUCUCAGUACAGACUUCAAUCUUUUCAACACCCCGAGUUACGGAACCUCUGGAAUAGCGGUGUCAAGCAACCCAGGAGCCGUGUUCAGCGACCAGGACUUCGAAGACAAACUGUUGCAAUUUGCUGUAGCCGAGGUCGCAACGUCAGGACGCAUGCCCGCUGAUGAAGCACUCAUGGCUCGGGCGAAGGAAAUAAUGGGGUUUGAGGUCUGGCAGGCUGAGACUACUCCUGCCGAUGACCCAGAAUUGAUGGGACGGUUCAAAGCCCUGGUCGUCGACAAAGUGAGAAGCGUCCUGGGCGACCCGGGCGACAGUAACCACAGCAACAGGAACAGCAGUCCAAUGCUGCCAACAAGCACAAUUUCCUCGCCUCCCCCUACGACUCACCAUUCAGAGCGUGGGAUGGAUGCGAUAGAUCCCGGGCUUCUGCCUGACCUGCCUCCAGCUGGUUCUGAUGGGAAGAGCAGUACAUCACCACUGCCGGGAGAUGUGCAGGUCGCGAUAUCCGAGGCAAGACUGGACGAGAUCUUGCGUGAAAUUUGAUAUGACAACGGAGGCAACGAUGGUAAUGAUGUUACUGAAGAGAGGCUAGAAUAGCGCCGGCGCUGUCGGCGUGAGUGGUAGUGAACUGAAAAGAGCUGGUGCCCCUGCAUGAUCAAAAUAGCUUGAGUUAUCUGUCGAUUCCGCAUAUAGGCCAGGGCGUGGAUUCAAAUCAAAUUAAGUUUACAGCUCCUAAGAA